AUGAAGUUCUUCACAGCAACCCUCCUCACCACCCUCAUCACCAGCGCCGUUGCCAUCCCCGCCGACAACUCGAGCAGCGAAGAUGUCGGCAAGAAAAUCCUCGACACAGCCCUGACUGCUAAGGGAACACCGUACGCCUGGGGAGGUGGUACUUGCAAGGGUCCAUCGCACGAUCAGCCGCCGUACAAGUACGGCGAUGUCGGAUAUGACUGCUCUGGCCUUGUCUGCUGGGCUGUGUGCAAGGUGACAGGCCGUGAUUUGUUCAGUGAGGGAUUGCGUGUUACCUCGUCUAUGUACUGUGCUCCUGAGAAGAAGCUGGGAUACAAGAAAUACCCCUACUCCAAGCGUCAAGCCGGAGACGCUGUUUUCUUCGGUGGCAAGUGUGACUGCGACGAUAGAGAUACUAUCCACCAUGUUGGAUUGAUGAUGGACUCGGGUGAUCGUAUGUGGAAUGCUCCCAAUGACCGCGUCAACAAGGUCCAAGAAAACAGCAUCGAGAAGUUUGGCGAGAAGCCAUGUCCGUAUGUCAUUCGGUUCACCGAAUAG